AACGUACACUCACAACAUCUAGGCUCACGGCCAGUGGAGCUACCUGCUGCAGAAGACUGUUGCGGGCAAAUUUCACUGCCGGUACCUGGGCACGCAACAAUUUUGAGCAGCUGCAGUCGCGUCGGAACUUUCGUCAGUACUGUCUCUGUAUUGUAGACUUUGUGCUUACCGCACGCGCACGGCAGCCCUUCUCCGAGACUCGGCCAUGUCGCUAAACGCGAGUGCCAGCCGCUGCCGCGCAAGCGCUCGACAGUGCGGAAUGCGCAUGUCGCUGUCGCGCCUACAACAUGGCUUUCGGGCAUCUGCGACGACCGUGUCGCAGCGCUGUCCACGCAUCGUCAUCCCCGCUGCCUGCACGCAGCUCGACGCACUGACCCCACCUGCUGAAUCGACCCCAGGUCAGCAGCAGCCGGCGCAGCCGCGCUCGCUGACUGCGCUUGAACGGGUCCGGCUUGUGGCGCUUGCAGCUGCCGCCGCCGCCGCUCUGGUGCUGGGUCCUGCUGACGAGGCGCAGGCGGCGCGCAGCGGCGGGCGAGUGGGCGGCCACCGUGGCCACCACGCCGGCAUGACGCUGCGCAAGCGGUCCUCCGCCUCCCUCUCCUCGACCUCCCUCUCCGGCUCGGGCUCCACCUCCUCCGCCUCCCGGCGACACCACGUGCCCAUGUCCAUGCGCCUGCGCGCCGCCCCCCGCGCCGGCUCCCACACCGGCUCCCACACCGGCUCCCACACCGGCUCAUACGCCGGCUCAUACGCCGGCUCAUACGCCGGCGCCGCCCGCAGCAGCGGCAACAGCGGCGGCAGAGUCCGGGGCAGCUACGGCAGCUACGGCAGCGGCGUGGCUGCGGGCGCGGGGCUUGGGUUGGGUGACCCCUCGCUGACUGUGUCGGCGAUGCAGCAGGCAGUGCACACCGUGCAGGGCGGCGUGCGCCCCCCGCUGCUGCUAGGCGACAUGCUGGCGUACCCCGACCUGGCGGCGGGCAUUGACCUGGAGGCUCUGCCGCUGUGGGCCUCGCUGCUGGGUCUGGCGGGCGCCAACGGUCUGGGGCUGGCGGUGGUGGUCGCCAUACUGAGGAACAUGCAGGACGAGUCGGAGCCGGUGUCGGUGGUCAAGGUGCAGGUGGCCAUGUUGGAGCGGCGGCCGCAGCUGCAGUCGCGCCUGGCGGAGCUCAGUGGCAUGAUGCAGGUGGGGCAGCAGGGCGCCUGGCUCAUUCUGGAGGAGGCCAUCCUGCAGCUGCUGCAGCACCAGAGCCACAUCGCCUACGGCUCCGUGUCGAAGCAGCAGCUGUCCUCCAAGAAAAAGGCCUACGCCGCCUUCGGGGCUCUGGCGGAGGCGGAGGCGGCCAAGGCGCGGCGGGAGGAGUCCGUGGUGCGUCACAUCGGCGAGACGCAGUCGGACGACGAGGCCGAGUCCGGCGGCAGCGGCGGCGGCGGCGGCGGCUUCCUGGGCGGCCUGCUGGGCAGCAUGGGCAUGGGCGGCGGCGCGGCGGCCAAGGAGAUCACGGUGGUGACGCUGCUGCUCGCCACUCGCGGCAAACUGGACAUUCCAGAUCGGGUGUCGGACUGGAAGGGGCUGCGGCACGCCAUGCAGCAGGUGACGGGCCUGUCCUCCGACCGCAUCAUGGCCGUGGAGCUGCUGUGGACGCCGCGCUCCGAGUCCGACUACCUCACCAUCCCGCAGAUGGAGGCCGACUACCCAGACCUGGUGCCGCUGGGGCCAGCCAGCCCGCACCCACAGGGCGCGGCGGCCUCAGGUUCGGGCAAGUGAGCGGAUGGGCGCGAGCGGGCGCAUGGGCUUGUUGCGCCCUGCAUGCAUGGCGGGUUGUUGUUUGGGUUUUGGCACGUGUUUGGGGCGGGGCUGGUGUGGGGCGCAGAGUGCAGGUGUACACGGCCACAGGGCGGUGUGGCGUGCGCGGUGAGAGGUGUUUGAUGAGCGGGGACCCAGCUGGGCAGGUGUGUCGGCAUGGGAAAGCGUGUGGUGGGAGGGCGUUUGAGGAGGUUGGUUGAGACGGGCACACACACACGCACACACACGUUUACCUUUGCUUUUUGCACAGACUCGCGCGUGAUGAAUUGAAGUACAACGCGAGGGUUGCGGGGAUGGUGGGUUGAGUACAGUGCAGCGUGCAAUGACGAUGUGAAGCUGAUGCUUGAGUGGCAGGUGCCGUAUACGCUAUACAGUCACGGAAGUGACUGUAAGCACGGCUGUCAUUGGCUAGUUUGUUGGGGGGGCCUAAACUGUGUGCACAUGUAGGCAUAGGCAUCAGCAAAUCAGUGUUUGACUGGCAUUCCUAGCUCACACACCUACCUGCACAAUUCGGAUUUUCUUCUUUCAUCCUCCGAAGAAAUCUGCAGCAGUGCGCGUGCCUAAGAAGGGGCAUUCCCUUUGACCAGCUUUGACUGUUGAUUAUGACUGUGUUGCCGUGGUUUCUGCUGUGUGCACAUGCGCUGUGUACUAUUGCAUUGCGGGAGUUGUGGCAGCAUGCGAGUGUUAUUCUUGACGGGUGACAGUACACCAAUGCAGUAGACUGAGUAGAGUGACGUUUUGCGUUGCAAUGCCGCGAAAGCACUUCGUAGCGAGAGUGCGCAUAUGCGCUGAUUUGCGGAACAACGCAGGUGGGCAGCCCGUGCAGCCUGUAUGUAAAGUCAUGCUGUCAAA